AACUACAGGAUGAAAGAAAUCAUCUAUAUGUUAGAUAUUUACACAAGAACACCACCACAUCAAAAUGGAGCUUUCUUUGCAGACUAUCAUUCCUGUUACUUCAUUCUCAAAUGGGAAGGAAUUGAAGUUUAAAGACUACACCAUGUUCUAUAAAAGUUCUUUUGUCUCAUAUCCUGCAAAGCCAAAAGAAACUUUAAUACCACAUGGAUUACCGGAAACAGCUGCUUCUGUUGCAGUUGCCGCCACAGUGGUGGGUGCAGCUGCCACCCUUUUGGCUAGGAGAACCAAGUCUAUAGAGACAGCCCAGUCUGUUCCAACAAGAACUUGUGACGAUUGUGGUGGUUCAGGGAUAUGUCCUGAAUGCAAAGGCGAAGGAUUUGUGCUGAAAAGAAUGUCAGAUGGAAGUGCCGAGAAAGCCAGAUUGAAUGCGAAGAAUAUGGCUACUAGAUACACAGCAGGGCUACCGAAGAAAUGGAGUUACUGCACGAAAUGCUUGUCAGCUCGAUCUUGUAAAUCCUGUGAUGGCAGUGGAAAGUUAAGCUUAUAGUAGAUUUUUGUGCAUAUUCAAACCUCAGAUUUUGUUUGAAUGUUCUUUCCCAGUAAUGCUACUCAGGGAAUAUUCUUAUUGUACUUUCUUGAAUCUUAGUUGACAAUCAUAUCAGUAGAUAAUAUAUAUCGUCUUCAUCUUAA